AUGCUGGGAGCUGGGCCUCAGGAUGAAGACAUUCCAGAGCAGGUUCAGAUUCAAGGACAGCUCCCAUUUGAUUUCUUUGGGUUGGGACAGAAUGUCCUGAACCAGCAAGUGGAACCACCUCAGCAGCAGUUACAGGAGCAGAUGGACGUUGCUCCAAACAAUGAGGCUGCUCCCGAGGAGAACAAUGGUUGGGCUGAAUGGCCUGAGCACUUGCAGGCUGCUCAGCAGGGCCCUGCUCAGAUAGAAAUCAACUUGAAUGCUCCUCCACCUGUCCUACUCCAAGAUCUCAAUGAUUUGCCAAUAAUAGAAGACCACCAAGAAGUACGGAUACAUCCAGGUGUGCAAGCUAAUCAAGUGCAGAACAAUUGGGAGCUAGGAAUGGCAGACAAUAGUCAGAUGGAACAGGAGAUUCACCUGCCUCAGCCAGUCCAACCUGAACCCCUGGAGGUGAUGGUUGAGGAAGUUGCAGAAAAUGCUGUGGAGGAAGAUCAGAUUCAACUGGGAAUGGUCAGGAUAUAUGAUAGGUUCUAUUCAAAUGCAACUGGCCCUAGUGAUCUGACAACCAGGAAGGCCCCACUGACUGAGCAGCUGUUUCCUGCACCUCCUAUGAAGCUAAACAGCAAUGACUACAACCCAGUUGGCAAAGCCUCAGAAACUGCUCUGAUUGAAGUACCAAGGAAGUGGGCUGAUUUCUUUCAGUCUCCAGAUGUUGUCAAUGUCAGUCUGUCUCCUGAGCCCUGUAAUAGAAAGGUAGAGCUCUGUGGCAAGUUGGACUCUUUCAGCAGCUCACUUAUCCCCGAAGAGGCCUUCAUCCUGGAUGAGGAGCUGAAUGCAUCACCUCUUGAGAAGAAGAAACAGAGGAAGGGAAAGAUGUAA